CAGACGUCUACAACUCAAGUUAUAAGUUGAAGUAAACCCGCAGUCAAGAGGAAGCUUCUCAAAGUGCGUCAUUUUUUAAAACUGCGUUAUCUUGUUUAUUGCUGCUACUGACUAAAGCUAAGAGAUUCAUGAUGACUUCACUGACUCUGGACGGAGUCACGGUGAAGUUUCCUUUUCCUCCUUAUGACUGUCAGAAGGACUACAUGAGCAAAGUGGUUGAAUGUCUUCAAAAGAAGGUGAAUGGGGUCCUGGAGAGUCCCACAGGUACAGGUAAGACCCUGUGCCUGCUCUGUGCCACCCUGGCCUGGAGAGAGCACUUUAAGGACACCAUCUCCGCCCGUAAGAUAUCAGAGAAGCUGGGCGGGGAGGAGAUGUUCCCGAACACACCCAUGGCAUCAUGGGGGACGGCCGCCACAGACGGAGACACACCGACCUACUACACAGAUGUUCCAAAGAUCAUAUAUGCAUCCAGGACACACUCUCAGCUGGCACAGGUGAUCAGCGAGUUAAAGAACACUUCAUACAGACCUAAGGUGUGUGUGCUGGGAUCCAGAGAGCAGCUGUGUAUCAACCCGGAAGUGAUGCGUCAGGAGAGCAACCACGUGAAGGUCCAUAUGUGCAGAGCAAAGGUCUCCACCAGGUCGUGUGUCUUCUACAAUAAUGUUGAAGAGAAGAGCACUGACAAAGACUUGGUAAACUCUAUCCUCGACGUGGAAGAUUUGGUGAAAUAUGGCAACAAACAUAGGGCUUGUCCUUACUACCUCUCCCGUUCCUUGAAACAGCAAGCAGACAUCAUAUUUAUGCCGUAUAACUACCUGCUGGAUCCAAAGAGUCGCAGGGCGCACAACAUCGAGCUAAAAGGAGCCGUGGUCAUCUUUGAUGAAGCUCACAAUGUGGAGAAGACGUGUGAAGAAUCGACCUCAUUCGACCUGACGCCUUACGACGUAGCCUCGGCCAUCACAGCUGUGGACCGGCUGCUGUCUGAGCAGGCGAAAGGCGUCGGCAACGGAGACUCCGUGUCCGAAGACUUCAACGUAGAAUCACUCAACUCGGGUUUAAAAUUAGACAUUCAGUCGGUCGCUAAGAUCAAACAAAUUCUGCUGGAUCUGGAAGCCGCCAUCGAUUCCUACGAUGUCCCAGGUGACAGAGGCAUCACAAAGCCAGGAAUCUUCAUCUACGAGCUGCUGGAGAGAGCACACCUGACCUACGACACCAAGACGCCCGUUUAUGAAGCUCUGGAGCAGAUCAGCGGACACUUAGCAGGACAGUCGGGAAUAUUCAUGAACACAGGGGGACUGCAGAAGCUGUCGGAUAUCAUUCAGCUCGUGUUUUGUGGUGAACCAACAGAAAAGGACCGACAGCUGAGGAUGCAGUCCAACACGGCUCAUUUUAAGGUUCACAUCCACCGAGACACCAGCAAUCAGAAGAAGAAGAACACUGAUGUUUGGGCUUCGUCUUCAUCAAAGAAACAAGGAAACAUUUUGAGCUAUUGGUGCUUUUCUCCGGGCUUCAGCAUGCAGGAUCUGAAGAAUCAGGAAGUCCGCUGCAUCAUUCUGACCAGCGGGACGCUCUCCCCUCUGACCUCGUUCACCUCUGAGAUGAGGAUAGAAUUCCCGGUGACUCUGGAGAACAAACACGUGAUCGAGCGGGAUCAGAUCUUUGUCACUGUCAUCGAUCGAGGCCCCGAUGGAGUCGAGUUAAGUUCAGCAUUCGACAGAAGGUUUAUUCCUGAAAACAUGGCGUCCUUAGGAAACACAAUUGCCAACCUGAGCCGAGUGGUCCCUCAUGGCCUCUUGGUGUUUUUUCCCUCCUUCCCUUUGAUGGAGAAAACUCUGGAGUUCUGGAGAGCUCACGGACAUGCAGACCGCAUAGAGAACGUGAAGCCCAUGUUCGUUGAACCGAAAGGAAAGGGAACCUUUAACGAGGUUAUUGACGGAUAUUACAGCAAAGUCAACGAUCCAGCAUCCAAAGGGGGGUCUUUCUUUGCAGUGACCCGAGGGAAGGCCAGUGAGGGUCUGGAUUUUGCCAACACCUUUGGUCGGGGUGUCAUCAUCACCGGCCUUCCUUUCCCUCCAAGGAUGGACCCUCGAGUCGUCCUGAAGAUGCAGUUCUUGGAUGAGAUGAGCAGAAAGAAAGUUCCAGGGAUGAAGUACCUGUCUGGUCAGGAGUGGUAUCGGCAGCAGGCUUUCAGAGCCGUGAAUCAGGCCAUCGGUCGAGUGAUUCGACACAAAGACGACUACGGAGCCAUCUUCCUGUGUGAUCAGAGGUUUAAAGGCUUCUCCGCCCGGGAUCAGCUUCCAGCGUGGGUCAAGCCUUACGUGCGUGUUUCCGACAGCUUCGGGAACAUAGUCCGAGACGUCUCUCAGUUCUUCAGGGUCGCACAGAAACUGAGGCCUUUCGUGGAGAAGAAAGCUCCUGCUGAGCAGAGCGGUGGGACAGCGUGGGAACCUGCCCCUCAAUCCUCUGGCUUCACUUCGUGCUCCGCCUCCCAAAGCUCGAAUGCGCAGAAGGCCAAGGCGCUGGACGCUCACCUGCCCAGCCUGAAGAGGAGGAGACUCAACGAUAAAGCUGGAGCGGCCGGGAUGGCCAAGAUCUGCAUCGAGUACGAGCAGGAGGUGCAGGAGAGUCACAGGAGGCCGGUCAACCUGCUGGAUGCUCUGGAGCGAGGAGACCACUGCGGCGGAGAGGACGGGGAUACUCUUGUGGGAGAGGAGAGGGCAAGCCGUUUGUCCACGCUGUCUCUUCAAUAUGACAAGAGGAUGGAGGACGAGCUGCGGGGGGGCAAGCGGAAAAUCAAACUGGUCCAAGAGCAGAGAAAGAGCUCGUCUGUGGACGCUUCUGAUGAGGCGAAAGCCGGCAGAGCGAAAAACUUCCUGGCAGAGAUGAAGAAGUCUCUGAGCGCGGUGAACUUUGACCGCGUCGUGAAGGCUCUGCAGACAUACAAAAAGACGGACGACCUGGACGCGCUGCUGACUGAAGCCGCCGUCUUAACUGAAGACGCUAACACUCACAAUCUGCUGCGGGGCCUCUACCAGUUCGUUCGGCCUCAUCACAAGAAGAGGUUCGAUGAGAAAUGUCAGGAGCUGACGGGACACGGCUGCGGAUACAAACCGGAACACUCGCUGGCAAAGGACAUGAAGAAAGCUCUGGUGCAGAGCGCGUCAGACAGACAGCCUGCUGCAGGUCUCACCUCCUCCACCUCCUGCACUCAGCUGAACACUCAACAGCUCAACAAAGGAGGACAACAUCUGAGCCAGCAGGGACUAAAAGAACCUCCGAAAGGUUCUGCUCCAAAGAGUGAAGUCCACACCGCUUUUCUGGCCGAUGUGAAAAAAUCACUCGGCGCAGAGAAGUCGUCUCAGCUCUUCCAGGCCGUCCUGAGCUACAAGAAGAGCGACAGCUAUGAGAACCUGGUGAGCACGGUGGUGAGCUUAUUAACCGAGAGAGACGAGGACUUCAACCUGCUGAUCAGAUUUGGCACAUUUAUUCGCCCUCACCAUAAGAAGCAGUACAAAGAGAUGCUGGAUGCUCUGAUCGGUCGGUCGGAUUCUGCUAACGAUGUUUCUGCUGCUGUGAGGAACGUCCAGCAAGAGAACAAUUUAUCGUCGACGCCUUUGAAGACACAAAGCAAGAUAUCCGGUUUCUUUUCAAGCAGCCAAAGAAAAUAGAAUCAUGAACGUGUUUCACAAAGUUUGUUCAUGUUUCUGCUGAAUAAAAAAAACAUGAACCAGCCGAGCUCUGUUUCAGGGCAGCGGUCUGACUCAGUCCGUGUGUGAACGCUGAAAAUGGAUCCACCUCUCUGACCCGACGAUUUAAAUAAUGAACCGGAAUCGUUUUUGGACUCCUAACUUGAAGACUCGACACUCAGAUGUGAAAAAUGAUGUUGAUGGACAGAAUAUUUUAUUUAAUUAAAUGUAAAUGAACUCUA